ACACACACACACACACACACACACACACACACACACACACUCGCACACACCUUCUUGAUAAGAUGUGGCCGUCUGAUCUGCCAGAUCAGUUAGGUAUGCAUGAGCUGCACUACACAACACCUGCACCUGAUCCCUUAGCGACCCGCCCCGACGACCAGUGAAGUCAGUCCAGGAGGCAGAGGAGCCUGAAGACUCUGCCAGCAGUACACAGACCUGGAGGAACCUGGAGGACACCUGGAGGACACCUGAACACCGACAGGAGCCUGCAGGACACCUGGAGGAUAGCUGGAGGACAGCUGGAGGACACCUGCAGGAUACCUGGACACCUGGAGGACAGCUGCAGGAUACCUGGAGGACACCUGGAGGACACCUGGAGGAGCCUGGACACCUGGGGGAGGAGCCUAGACACCUGUGGGUUUGGUCUGGAGCUUAUCUACAUGACCAUCUGAAAGAUGUCAUGGUGUUCUUCCUGUCAUGGUUCUAAGUUCCGUCACGUGUUUGGGAAGGCUGCGGGGCGAGACCAUGCCUACGAUGGUGUGCCCAUCACUCGCAGUGUCCAUGACAACCACUACUGCUCCGUGAACCCGCUCUUCAUCGCCGUGGUGACGGAGUGCGCCGGGGGCGGGGCCUUCCUGGUCCUGCCCGUCCAUCAUAAGGGAAGGGUGCCCCCCCUGCAGCCCAGGGUCUCUGGCCACACCUCCAGGGUUCUGGACGUCAAGUGGAAUCCCUUUGACGACCUCUGCAUCGCAUCCUGCUCUGAAGACUGCACCGUGAAGAUCUGGGACAUCCCGUCUCAAGGAGUGCAGCAGAACAUCACCGUGGCAAGGAAGACUCUGAUUGGCCACUCCAAAAGGGUGGGGCUUAUAGAGUGGCAUCCAACCGCCAGGGACCUGCUGGUUAGCUCCGCCUACGACUACAAGGUGAUGGUGUGGGACGUGUCCCAGGACGGCAGGGUGCUCCGGCCUGUGAGGCAGCUCCAGACCCCCGAGCUGCUGCUGUCAGUCAGCCUGAGCAGGGACGGCCGCUGGCUGGCCUGCUGCUGCAGAGACCGCAGGCUCCGGGUCCUGGAGCCACGCUCUGGACGCAUCCUGCAGGAGUCGGGCAGGACCUCCCACAGGGCCAGUAAGGUGCUGUAUGCAGGAGACCAGCUGGUGUCUACUGGGACCUCCUGCUGGAACCAGAGACAAGUGGCUGUCUGGGACCCGGAGGACCUGUCUGAACCUCUACUGGAGGAGGAACUGGAUGGUUCUUCUGGAGUUUUGUUUCCAUUCUACGACCCUGACACACACAUGCUCUACCUGGCUGGCAAGGGAGAUGGGAACAUCAGGUACUAUGAGCUGAGCUCAGAGAAGCCCUAUCUGCACUACCUGACAGAGUACCGCUCCCUACUGCCCCAGAGAGGCCUGGGGGUAAUGCCUAAGCGGGGUCUGGAUGUGAGAGGCUGCGAGGUGUUCAGGUUCUACCGCCUCAUCAUUGAGAAACACCUGGUGGAACCCCUGUCAAUGAUCGUCCCCCGCAAGCAGGUGGGCGUGUUCCAGGAGGACCUGUACCCGAUGACAGCAGGAGACCAGGCGGCCAUGACAGCACAGGAGUGGCUGUCAGGGAACAACAGAGGGCCCCUGCUGAUGUCCCUGAAGCCUGGGGCUAGAGUAACCAACCCCUACCCAGAGCGGGCACCCGAGAGGGGGCAGGGCAGGCCCCUGGAGCAGGCGUUCCUCCAGGAGCAGCUGGCCUACCAGGACGCCAAGUACCCCCAGGACCUGAGCGACCUGUCGGGCUGGCAGCCAGACGAGACCCAGGCUCCGGGCUGGGCCUACCCACAAUGCACCCCGCACUGCUGCGAGCCCUCAGAGCAGGCCCCGCCCCCGGCUGAGAGAGAGCUCUUGCAGGAUUUCUACAGACAGCAGGAUGAGAUCAGAGAACUGCAGGAGCAGCUCAACCAGAAACAGGUGAGGAUCACACAGCUGGAGCUGGAAGGCAAGAACAACAGGAACAAGAUGAGAGCUACCUUCUGAACCAGCCAAUCACCAAGCUCCAUCAUCCUCCGACCCAGCCAAUCACGAGGCUUCUUCUGGCGUUGUCCACUAAUCCAGCCAAUCACAUGCUGUGCUCAGAUAACCAGUUUUACCAGUUAAAAGGAAAUCAAGAUGUUAUUUUUAGUUUUUCUACAAUACCAGUGAAUAACAAUCUUACAAACUCAACUAAAAUAUAAACUAUUACUAUUGAAAAUAGAAACGCUCAACAUUUUCUAUGACCACAAAAUCUAAUUCAUCUCAUCUGAAAGCUAAAGAUUAAAAAAAAAAUAAUUCUAAUGAUUUAAUUUCCUUGCUUACAAUUUAACCCAAUAAAACACGUGAAUUUGUUGCAAGUUAACUUUUAUCAGUAGACCACAUGAACGUAACUAGAAAUCUGGAGUAACUCAUAAAAUCAUUUAAUAAAACAUGAAUUCAACCAGGGAAGGUUCCGGAUGAUCGGUCUUGGUGAAGGAGUGAGAACAGGAGGAAGGCAGGAGCAAAAUGUUAAGAUUUUAUUUACAAAGUCCAUUUUUAUCUGGUUUUUGUUUUUAACUUACGGAAAGUAAAAAAAUACAGCCAAGACCAGUCAGUGUAAGUAUCAGAGACACGCCCACUCAGGCCCCACCCCCUGACCCCCAAAAGCCCCGCCCCCAGACUCUACAGGCCCCACCUCCCCAGUUUCCACUCAGCAGAUCUGGAGGCAGGGCUGAGCAAACGCUCACUCACCUCUACGGAGCUGAUAUCUGAGAGGAGGAAGGAGAAGAUGAGGGAGGGAGGAGGGGAGAAGAUGAAGGAGGGAGGAGGAUAAGAGGGAGGAGUAGGGAGAGGAGAAGAAGAGGGAGGAGGAAGUGUCCCUCAGGUGACUCCUCCUCCACACACAGGACACACCCACACAGCCCUGACAACAACGGUACAAAAUAAACAACUAAACUAAAUUCUCUGAAAAAAA